AUGAUCUUCUGUCCACCUCCGAUCUCACCUAAAGCUCACCAGAACCACAGGAAAACAGUCCACCCCGACUAUGUCGAGACGCCCGGUGCUUACCGUAAGCCACGAGCACGAAAGUCAGUCGUUACCACAGACGAUUCUGAUGCACAAGACGCUUCUACGGGUCCAGAAGAUACCAUCGCCGUGGGCAACAGUCCAAGUAAGAGUAGCAGGCGGAGAGCCAGGCGGAGAUCAAGUCGCGCUGUCAACGGCAAAACGCAGGAACACGCAAAUGGACAUGCAAAUGGACAUGCCAACGGACAUGUGAAUGGCUAUGCCAAUGGACAUGUAAAGACACAUCUGAACGGAAAUGCCAACAAGCCAGUUAAUGGACAAACUGUUGCUCCUGCGAAAAUGGCUGACCCCAGAAUCGACACAUCUGGCCACUAUGAAUUUGGAGGCCCAUGGGGAGUCACAGCAAUGAUGAUCGGAUUCCCAACCCUCAUGUAUUACAUGUGGAUUGGUGCCACAUACUACGAUGGCCAGCUGCCCAUGCCCAGGGAUGGUGAGUCUCUAGGAGAGUUCUUCUGGGGGCUCGGGCGAAUGAUCUACUAUGGUGCAUGGCCAUCGGCAAAGGCCUGGGCCAUGUACUGGACCUUCUUCCUUUUCGAGGCUGCAUGCUAUUGCCUGAUGCCCGGGAUCUGGACAAAGGGAAAGCCCUUGCCCCAUGAGAAUGGACGUCGACUGGAUUACUAUUGCUCUGGGCUGUGGUCUUGGUACUCGACCAUUGUUGUGGCUCUGGGUCUACACUUCUCGGGCUUGUUCAAGCUCUACCAAAUCAUCGACGAGUUCGGGCCCAUCAUGUCCGUGGCCAUCAUUUCCGGCUACCUCGUGUCUAUUGUCGCCUAUGCUUCGGCCAUAUAUCGUGGCAAGCAACAUCGCAUGACCGGGAGUUUCCUCUACGAUUUCUUCAUGGGGGCUGAACUCAACCCACGAAUGUUUGGGAUCCUCGACUUCAAGAUGUUCUUCGAAGUUCGUCUGCCGUGGUACAUCCUCUUUCUUACCACCCUGGGAACGGCUGCCCGUCAAUAUGAGAAUAAUGGCUAUGUUUCUGGAGAAGUGGGCUUCCUCCUGAUGGCACAUUUCCUGUACGCCAACGCCUGCAGCAAGGCAGAAGAAUGUAUUACUCCUACUUGGGACAUGUACCAUGAAAAAUGGGGCUUCAUGCUCAUUUUCUGGAACUUGGCUGGCGUGCCUCUCACAUACUGUCAUUGCACCAUCUAUCUGGCCAACCAUGCCCCCAGCACAUACGUUUGGAACAAGUACGCUUUGGCCGCCUUGUACGUGGCCUACCUGUUUGUUUACUGGGUAUGGGAUACAACGAACAGCCAAAAGAAUCGAUUCCGAGCACAAGAAAAUGGAGGCCUCAUUACUCGCAAAGCAUUUCCUCAGCUUCCCUGGCAGACGGUCAAGAAUCCCAAGAUCAUCAGAGCCGAAAAUGGGGGCACAAUUCUGGCCGACGGGUGGUAUGGCUAUGCCCGGAAAAUCCACUAUACUUGCGACCUUUUCUUUGCCGUGUCCUGGGCAGCAGUUACCGGCUUCAGAUCACCGUUUCCUUGGUUCUAUCCGGCCUUUUUCGGCUGCAUGAUUAUACAUCGAGCACGUCGUGAUAUUCAGCGCUGUCGCGAACGGUACGGAAAGGCAUGGGAGGAGUAUGAGAGACAGGUCCCUUACUUGUUUAUUCCUUAUGUGUUUUGA